UUCCCUUAACUGACAUUAUUUAGUUUACCUGAACAGCAGAAUUAAUACAUAACAUUAACAAAUAUGUUUAACGAACCUUUUUUUAACAAACUAACCAAACAAGCCAAAUACUCAACCUACAUUAACCAGUGUUUUUCCCCCAUCAUCUCCAUAACGAAUCAAAAAUGUCUGACUGGCAAAGCUGAGAAUGAAGGAACAUAGUUUAAAUUCAUUAUUGUUCAUUUCCGCUGACUUCAUUUUAGUCAUGGAUACAAUAAACAUCGGUCAGUGUCGGUAUACUGUAUUUAUCUAAGGAUUAUUACAUCAUUAGUACACGUAUUUAGUUCCUCUUGAGUAAUGUUCAUACGUAAUGUUCUUUCAAAUGAAGCUUAAUGUAAAGCAUUACCGUAGAAACCGUCACAUGUUUAUGGAAGUUUUGUAAGCAGUUUCAUUUUAUUUUUUUUUUUAAACUUCUAGGUGAUCAUGUUUAAAUCUGUUUGGAUGCAUUGAGCCUAACGUGUUGAGUGUAGUGUAUGAACUACGACAAAGCUUAUUUUUACCUGCACAGACAGAGCAGCUGAUGAUUGCGUUCCAUUGAUUCAGAACUAUGGAGCUAUAUUCAGUCACUCGUUUAAAAUAAUCGUGUUUUGUUAAGGUGUGUAAAUUGUUUCUUUUACAGCGCUAAUUUUUGAAACGUCAUGUUAUAUUUGCGGUUCUAACAUGUUCCUUUAUGCACAGUAUCACUAAACCAUGCAGGUGGGUAUUGUUACAAGAGAUUUUACGAUUAUUACUACGGUUACUUUAUAAAUGAAGUGCGUACAAGACGUCUUCUGGUGGAACUUGGGAAUUUCCAUUUUUAAAGUGAAAGAUUUGCGUGACGAAAUUUUACUGUCUGCAUAGCGAACGUUAGCCUUCUGCUGUGUUUUAUAGAGAUCUAAUUUAAUAAAAGUCUUCGAGAAAUAAAUCGUUGUGAUCUCUCUCAAUGCAUUUUGCAGUCAAAUCGGUUGGGAAUGGUACUAAAACACUGCUAAAAAAAACAUUUCCAAUUUUAGUUCACUGACAUUUUAUUUGAUUUAGCUGUUUGGAUAAUACUGCACUAGGUUUUCACCUUAUGAAACACAUUGCAUCCAAGAUAAACACUUAACAGUGGUCAAGGUGUUGAGGUCUGCAUGAAGUUUUAUUACAAUCAUACUGACUUGGUACACACAAACUCUCCUCAGAUAACCUGCCAAUGACCUAAUCUUGUCUUUGUUAGAAGAGGUGAUUAUCUUGAUCGUUCACAGAAUUGCCGCUCUCUAUUGACUACUUGACAAAGGGGCCAGUCUUUUCACUACGUACCAACUUAUCUCAAAUUGCUUAAAAGGUAGAAAUGGGUUUUGAAAGAAAAAAAAGAGAAGCAUAGUAUAGAGACUGUAAAGAUAAGACUUGGGGUAAUUAACAGUAAAAUGUUUCUGUAAUACUCCUUCAUCCAUUGGCUGUUGGGGGGGUGGAGGACUUGUAAGUGUGUGACUACAGUUGAUGUAGGAUCUUGAUGUAGGAUAUUAAAAAGGAAGGUGAUGGUUCAGGCCACUUUAUGCCAUCAUGGGUUACAGAGCGUUGCACUAUUUCAGUGUGGUUUGCGCUGCAGCGACUGUCGUGUGUAGUGUACGGAGCACUCCAAGCCCUCCGAGCACUCUCCAAGCCUUGCACUGUCCACCCUGUGAGCGCAUCCACUGUUCGCCACGAAGGGCACUGAGGCUCCAGUGUAAGGGUGGUGUAACUACAGGCAUCUGUGGCUGCUGCCCUGCAUGUGCAAAACAAGCCGGAGAGAGCUGCGGAGGAACAUGGGACUACCUGGGGAAGUGUGAUGAAGGCUUGGUGUGUGUGUACCAGGAGCAUGCUGAGAGUAAGCCAGAAGCAGAGCGCAAGGGGAUCUGCAAGUCAGUACUGGAAGUCCUUGAAAGAGACACUUGUCGUCCAGACUGUACGUGGGAAUUCUGUCAAGCAAACCCCAAUGAAAUCUGCUCUGCCAGGUCUGUGUCAGUGGAAAAGCGCGAGUGUGGAGGUUUCUGUCAACACACCACCUGCUCCAGCUGUUUGAUACUCAGACGUCCAGUGUGUUCUCAGGCUUGUGCUCAAACAGACCAUUUCUGCCUGCAUCGUUUUGGGAGGUGUGUGCACAGCCACGUGGAGGCGCACAGACAGGCAGUCUGCCACCAAAACCUGCAGAGCAACAGUGAGGGCUUCUUCAUGUGUCUGGCUCCUGCUUGUCCAGAUGCAGCAGAAUAAUUCUGCAUUUGUAAAGGACCUGCUCCAACAUGAACCACUGAUUUAAAAAUGUAGCAUAUUAAGGCAGCUAUUUUUACAUGAUACCAUUUUUUUUUACCUUUGUGAUUGCAGAUCACAGAUAGCAAACAAUCAGUUUAUUCAAUGUGAUUUAUUCCUGUGCAUUUGUAUUUAUAAAACAUGGGCUUUAUUUUCAGAUGUUUAUAAGAUUCGAUCAAUGCCGGUAUUAAAUAAAUGGAUUUUCUUUUUUAAAUAAAUUGAAUGAAAUUUUAA